GUAAGAUGGCGGCCAUUUCAGCUUUGCAGGCGUACGGAUCCGACUCUGAGAAUUCGGACAACGAGGGCGACUCGGAAGCGGUGCAGACGGCAAAACCCGACGAUGUGGCUCAUCUGAAACCCCUCGAAGACGGGAGGAAACUACCGGCCCUGAAAACCGUGGCGAGAAUCAACGCGGCGCCCGACGUCAUAACCAAGGAUGAUGUAAACCUGGUGAAACCUGUAGACCUGGGUACGACUAAGGAGGUGGCCUAUAACCCCACCUACGACCAACUGUUUGCACCACAGAUUGGUCCAGUGAACCCCUUUAAGACCCAGCAGGAUGCGGCCCAUAAGAACACCCUGUCAGGGUUCGUGGAGGAGGCUCAUGUUAAUGACUUCACCUUCGAAGUACAGAGAAGAACCUUCCACAGCUAUGGCUAUGCGAUGGACCCAUCACACAACUCAGCUGGCAUCCAGGCACAAGUCAUAGGGGACAAGGAGGCAGCAGAGGCCAAUAAGGCUGUGACAGUGUUUGAAGCCAAGAAGGCCCGACCCUCUGACAAGAGGAAGCGAGUACGAGCCACUGAGCCUGAGGACAUCGAGGGGUUCCAGGGGCCAUGGGGAGGGUAUGUGGACGAACAGACGGUGGCCAAACCUUCAGAGGAAGAACAGAAGGAGCUGGAUGAGAUCAUUGCUAAGCGGCAGAAGAAGGGAAAGAGGGAAGAAGAGAAGUCAGCAGAGGAGAAGACUCAGCUGCAUGUGAAGGACAUGUACGACUACCAAGGUCGUUCGUACCUGCACCCGCCGCAGGACGUGGAGGUGAACCUGCGCUCGGAGGAGCCGCCGGAGAAGUGUUUCAUCCCGAAGAAGCAUAUCCACUCCUGGUCCGGUCACAGCAAGGGCGUGUCCUGCAUCAGGCUGUUCCCCAAGUCUGGCCACCUCCUGCUGUCCUCCUCUAUGGACAGUAAGAUCAAGAUUUGGGAAGUCUACAACAAAAGAAGUAUGGUCCGUACAUAUAUCGGUCACAAGCACGCAGUGAGAGACGUGUGUUUUAACAAUGACGGGACCCAGUUCCUGUCAGCUGCCUACGACAGGUAUAUCAAACUGUGGGACACAGAGACAGGAGCGUGCAUAUCGCGGUUCACCAACCGUAAGGUACCGUACUGUGUGAAGUUUAACCCUGAUGAGGACAAGCAGCACAUUUUUGUGGCAGGAAUGUCGGACAAGAAGAUUGUGCAGUGGGACACGCGGUCGGGUGAGAUUGUACAGGAGUACGACAGACAUCUGGGCGCGGUGAACACCAUCACCUUCGUGGACGAGAAUCGAAGAUUCGUCACCACUUCUGAUGACAAGAGCCUCCGCGUCUGGGAAUGGGACAUCCCGGUAGAUUUCAAGUACAUAGCAGAACCAGGGAUGCACUCCAUGCCUGCUGUUACCCUGUCUCCUAAUGGCAAGUGGCUGGGCUGCCAGUCCAUGGACAACAAGAUUGUUAUCUACGGAGCUCACAACCGCUUCAGACUCAACCGGAAGAAAGAGUUCAAGGGUCACAUGGUGGCAGGGUACGCUUGUCAGAUGGACUUCUCACCAGACAUGAGCUAUGUGGUGUCCGGUGACGCUGACGGGAAGCUGUUUAUUUGGGACUGGAAGUCGACCAAGCUGUACAGUAAGAUCAAGGCCCAUGACGGGGUCUGCAUCUCGUGUGUCUGGCUCCCUCACGAGACGUCGAAGGUCAUCACCGCGGGAUGGGACGGACUCAUCAAACUCUGGGACUAGAGACGGGACAAUUUAUAACCAGUAAACAUCUUUUUCCAUUUCAAACCUUUUUAAAGAAAUAAAAUAAGACUCUUGAUGUUCUUCAGUUUGCAUUUUUACCAUUCUUACAUCUGCUGUACAAGUCAGCUCGAUAAAUCAUGUAACUUCUUACUAAGAGGCAGAACCAAAACAAUGUAACAUCUUACUUGAUUUUUAGUUAUGACAAAACAAUAUGAAAAUUGUCUUUGCAGGUGAAACACAACAAAUAUACUUCUACAAUCUACCCUUAAUUUUUAUCUGUAGGUGUACAUUCCAGUGUGUGCAAGAAAGAUGUGUACAGUAGUAGGGACAGUUUACCGUCGAGUGUAUGAAAACGAAACGUGUCAUUGUUGAAACUCCCAUUGUAGUAUUGUGUCAACUUUAUGUUGAUACUUUGUAUUUUGAUAGUCAAAUGUGUGUCAGAAAAGACAAGAUGUACUCCUUUACAAUACAUGUACUUUCUAGGUCAAAUUGUUUGAUUGAUUUUCGAUAUAGAAUGUCUUUUCAAGUGUCAGGCACUAAAUUUCAUAGUUAUAACAUUACAUUUAAUUUAGUACCCACUAGAAAAACAAACGUUACACAGUGAGUAAAAAUAUGUAAUUCUUUGAUUUGGUCUUCCACAUUGGUUUCUCAAUGGUAGUUCCUUUCUUGUGCCUAGCGGCAACUGUGUAAAUCUAUUGAUGUCAUUUAUUUUGCUUUCAAUUGGAGUCAACCAUGCACCAGGAAAGGACUGAGAAGUGUUUCUGUAAAUGACAUGCCUGUAAAUACUUGUAAAUAAAC